AUGGGAUAUAAGAUAUAUUCUAACUCUGACUUAGUUCAAACAGUAACAUGGGCAAACUAUGAAUGGUUCGCUUUAAGAAACUCAGUACAACCACAAGCUAGAGAACAAACAGACCAGUAUGCAACUAUUGAGAAAAUAAGAAGACUUGACCCUAACGUUCCAGGAGUUUAUGUUGACCUUUCUGGACAAACUGCAGCAGCAGUAACCAAAGUAAAACUGAAACUUAGAGUUCCUUUGUCAUCUUUCCUCAUCUUCAGGUUUUUAAGAUACUUGCCAAACUGGGCAGGAAAAAUUUCUAUCGAACUUACUCCAAGCAAAAAUAACUUAGUCAUUGCACCAACACAAGACCCAUUCACUCUUACAGACGUAAAGGGAGCAAAUCAAACGUCAUUCGCCGACUUUUGCAAAGACAAAGUUGACUUAGACUUUGGUUUCUCAAACCUCAACACUGAAGUAAACUAUUAUUUCAAUGCUGCUGGAACUGCUUGGGACCCAGUUAAGUUCACAUGCGAAAAGUUUGAAUGCAAGAGAAUAGAAAGCAGACUUGCAGUCUAUAUGUUGGACCCAGAUAUUUCAAAUGCUUUAGCUGCCAAAUAUAUUGCAGUUCCACUUAUGUUCCCUAUACACCAAAUAUCUGUCAAAGACUUUGCAGGUGAAGUUGGAAACCAAAGUGCUGACCCAGGUGCAAGAACAGAUAUUGCUUUAACAACUGCAAUGAAACAUGCAGAUACUAUGUUUGUACUGUUCAGACGAACUAUAAAUGACUAUUCUUGCUUCUACAACCCUGGUAUUAAAUACCAUAUAAACAUAGAUGGCAAAUACUAUCCAAGAGAAGAAUAUUCCACAGUUGAAGAUAUGAGGUCAUACAACUUGACAUUAGAUGCUAUGAACUUUAACAACAACUUCACAACAACCAUUA